AUGUCGCAAAUUUUAGACAGUAGUCGUAAAACAUCUCUACGUAAAUAGUGAUUUUCAUCGGUGAAACCACAGCUAUUUUAAAGUUUACGCUUUUAAAAUGCUUUUUUAUUCCGUUAUCUGUAUUCUCGUUUUUGAUUGUUUAAUAUUACAACUAAAUAAGUGCCGUGUUCACACGUAGCUGCCGAGAAAUGAGUUGAGCCUUAGCAAAGUGGAGAAAAUGGCAACAUUUAACGACGAAGGCCAUUGUGUUGUGGUGGAGGUGAGUCCAGACAUCCACAUCUGCGGCUUCUGCAAACAACAAUACAACAACUUUGAGGUUUUUCUUGCCCACAAACAAAACGGCUGUUCCUUUCCCAACCCGAACACUGCCACGAGCGCCGUGACAACAGCUUUCACAGACUCUAGCCCGGGGUUCGUUGUGGGCGAGGACACCUACCAGACCUGCGUUGUGAGAAGUGUGAAGAAGACUUUGACCAAAUCUCAGAAAACACCUUGUAAAAAGUUGAAACCAGCCGUGGCUUCUAAAAGACACUCGUGUUGUUUUUCAGGUUGUACCUUCAAGACACAAUAUGGACAAAAAGACAUGGAUCGCCACCUUAAAACUCACACCGGUGAGAUGAUGUCAAACACUGCAGGAAGUGAGAAGCCAUUUGAAUGUGAGUUGUGCCACAAGCGCUUCAGCCGACGUGACAAGCUGAACAUGCACAGCCGCUCGCACACAGGCGAGAAGCCACACAAGUGUAAACACUGCUCGUACGCAGCAGCAGACAGCAGCAGUCUGAAGAAGCACCUCCGCAUCCACUACGACGAGCGUCCGUUCAAAUGCCAGAUCUGUCCGUACGCCAGCCGCAACUCUAGCCAGCUCACGGUGCACCUCCGCUCGCACACUGGAGAUGCACCUUUCCAGUGCCAGCAGUGUGAUGCAAAGUUUAAAAUCAACUCGGACCUGAAGAGGCACCUCCGCAUUCACUCGGGUGAGAAACCCUACAAGUGUGACUUCUGUGAGUACCGGUGCGCCAUGAAGGGGAACCUCAAGUCUCACAUUCAGAUCAAACACGGCCCUGAGAACUCCUUCCAGUGCCAGCUGUGUGACUUUAAGUGUGCCAGCAGGACGGUUCUGCGGCAGCACUCCAGGCAGCACCAGCCUGCCCAGCCGCUCCAGUGUUCCAAGUGUGCGUACUCCUGCUCCAGCAAGGGAGCGCUCAGGGUUCACGAGCGGAUCCACUCCGAAGAGCGCCCCUUCAAGUGUGACUUCUGCAGCUUCGCCUCCAGGCGGCUUAGCAACCUGGUCAUCCACAAGAAGAAGUGCCACUCUGAAAAACCUGAGAGGGGCGGCGGGGUAAAGCCCGACAGAGGCAGUGGGAAGAGUUCAGGAGGCGACGCUCCUAAACCCGCUUGCUCUCGGUACAGGGCCAAACUAGACGCCGCCCGGGCCUUCUGCUGUGACUUGUGUGAUGCUUCGUUUGUCCGGGAGGAUUCGCUACGCAGUCACAAGAAGCAACACCAAGAUACUCAGAGUAUGCUGCAGCUCCCCACCUCCGUACCUCCGGUCUCCCCGUCACAGAGCAGUGCUCAGCUGCUUCCUGUCCCGUCUCCAUCAGUGGCUCCUUUUGGAAACCCACAGCUCAAAAUCAUCGUGUCCCAUCCUCUGGGCCAACAGAACCCAGUAAUCCCUGCAGGGCUGGAUGGUACCGGUAAGACCGGUGUCGCCCUGCUCAGCCCAGAAAACCAGGACUUGGUAGUUAACUCUAUGAUCCAACAAGUCAGCCUGCUGACACCCGCACAUCCUGUCAGGUCCUGCCAGACACCCACAGAACCCCAGACCGUCCUGUUGACCCAGCUUGGCUCAGACAGCAACCCGCUCCAUCAGGCCCUGCUGCAAACCGCCAUUUCUGUCCACGACUGCAGCAGCAGUACGCAGGCUUUGGUCGGUACCUGCUCUGAAGUGGAGGGCCUCAACGCCCUGAUCCAUGAGGGUGGUGCCGAAGUCAAAGUGGUGACAAAAGGGAACUCCGCUCUCUUGACUGGAUCGGCUCAACCCACCUCAGCCGGGUCAAAGCCUGACUUAUCAGGUCAGGACGGUGGAUUCAUGAUUCCAGACGUCAGUCAGAAUGUUGUCGUCCACAGCGUCCCCCUCGUAGUGUCCACCCAACCGCAGCAGCUGUCCCCGCUCACACUUUACACAGACUCACACACUCAGCUGUAGGUUCACCUAGCCAUGGUUGUCCGUAAGCUCGUGUGGAUUUCAGAGGAAACCACAGAGGCUUCUGUGUGAUCGGGCUGGAUGGUAGCGUGUUGCUGUCGUCUGGUGCAUCCAGGAGUCAGUCCCAGCAGGAAGGACCAGAUUUCUUGGCAUAUCACUAAAAAUCUUAUAACUAUAUGUUAAUGAAAGCACCAUCUGAUGUGUUAUCUUCAUUUUGUUUUUACAUAUUUGGAGCUUUUUGUUGUUGUGCUUCUGUAGUAAAUCUCUAAAUAACUCAUUAUUUUGGACAUUUUCAUUCACGGUUUUGUUUGCAUUCAACAUUCAGCUACAUCUUGUUUUAUACUAGCUUUCAGGGGCAUUUGUGACAAAAACCAGCAGAAAAACUAAAUCCAGAACGCUGGUCAAUCAUCCGGUCACUAGGUGGCAGCAGAGUCACAGGAAGUGAACUGAAAAAGCAUUUUUCUUAAUUUUUUGCUCUUUUUGAACAGAAUUUUUUUCUCCUCUGCUCUAAAUCUUCCAACCAAAUGUCAUUUGUAAAUAAGGUUAUUUCACUUGUCAAGGUCCUGGUUUCUAAAAGCCAAGUUGUUCCAAUAGAUUUUCCAAUAAAGUGCCUGUUUGGCUUGUUGGUCCCUUU